AGGUAGAGAGCGUGAUUGCAGUCCCGGGGGAGGGAGUCAGAGCUAGAACACCAAUUACAAACCACAGGCUUCCUGCUCUAGGGAGUUGAUCCAGAAUUGUCUUUCUGGAAGGGAAGCACUCGAAUCCUUCGGAACUUUCCAAGUCCAUCCAUGAUUCAGAGAUUAUUGCCUUCUCCCUCUGGGUUUUCUGUGUUUCUGGUAGUGAAUUGUUGCUGAUGUAUUUGCUACUUUGCUUCUUUUCUCUUUCAAGAUUUGAUCAUUUUAUAUGCUGUUCGGAGAGAAAAAGAACCUUUGUUAGAAAGGAGAUUUCAGAAAUGAUCUUGGAUCUUCUCUAAGUGUUCUUAGAGUUCUUGGGGACAGUAGCCCUCAUCCUGGAGUAAGUUUCUGCCUUUGACCUGCAUGGAUUAUUUUUUCAGGCUGCGGAAUUUCUCAGCACCUACCUGUAGUGUGGGGCACUUGGUUUGGUUGCAGAGUAAGAAGGUGGAAGAAUGAGCUGUACUUGGUUAAGCAGUUGAAACGUUUUUUGAGCAGGAUCUGUAAAAGCAUAAUUGAAAUUGUUUCACCCCCGUGGAUUCCAGUGGGCCCGACAGCGCAACAGGUUUGCAGAUUUCUUUUGAAAUUCUUUUUUUUUUACCCCUCCCUCUGCCUCGGCAAAAGAAAAGAAUCUAUAUAACAGGUUCAUGUUCAAUUGCUUGACUUUUCAGCGCUUAUUCUGAAGACUUUAUAAGAUUUUAAACUUGACCUCAGAACACAGUGGGCAGUGUGGGUGAAGUGCGUUUAUACUUACUUAAGGGUGCACGUUUUAAAAUCUUAAUCCGUGUUUGUACAAAGACCCAAAUUGUCAUAUGUGUCUAGAAAUACCACAGGUCUGCUGUACUCAGGCUUAUUUGUAUUUUUUCAGGGUGUUCUACUUAGAGCCUGUGACUGAUCACCUCACUGCUCCCCCUGUCUUUUAUUCCCCACCCCCUCAAGGAAUUUGAAAACGUGUUAGAAACAGUCCUUUGUUUUUCUCAUGACCCUAGAAAAUUGCAGAUUAUAAGAUCUGGAUGUUAAAGUACUUUCCAAAAGCAUCUCAUGGGAAAUCAAAGUGCUUGGCGUUCUCAAGCUGGAGAAUAAAAUCCGGAAUUCCUAAGAGCGAAAGGAAAAUGGAGAUAGAAAUAUAAUUUUUAGCUGGGAAAAAUAAUUGGGAAGCUUACUUUUUCAAAUACUCUAAUUAUGACAGUUGGAAAAGAUUGUGAUGCUCAGGAUUAUCCUGUAAUAUGUGAAGAUAUAUUAAAUUAGCACCUAAUUUAUAGGCAACUUUUGGUAAAACACACAAAAAGAUAGUAUGUCUUAAUUUAUGAAAAGUAUGUAAAUUCAAUGGGCCUAGAAUUUUGGCUACACUGAAGUACAGUUUAAUGUGGCAACUUUUCUAAAUAUGAUGUAGCAUCUUUGGACAUCCUCAAGGUGUGGCCUGAAAUUUUUAUUAUGUUCCUCCUUUUCCUCCAUUAAAAAAAAAUUCUCCCUGUGGUCUUUAGUCAUUUACCACUGAGAAAUUUUGUGGCUUAAAAAGUGCCAUCUCUUCGUUUUCUGAGCUGGAGUUCUUCACUCUCACCUUUGAUGCAUGAUCUUAAGCUGUUUACUUUGCCUUGUUUUGUUCAUGAACAUUGGGUUUAGUGCCUGGCAGCUUGAUGCAUAUGGAAGAGCAACACCAAGUGAGCUGACAUAAUAAAAAUUCACGAUGUGACAUUCAGUCUCAAGCGAAGUUGGAAAUUCCAAAGAGAAGUGGUGAUACCUUUACUAGUCAGAGUGAAGAUGGGAGAAAAUGACAUACCGGCAGCAGAAGUGGGGUGAAAACUGCCUCUUCUAUGCUCAAUCAGGAAUGCCACCUGUUCUUGGGAAUAUACUUUAGGAAAAGAAAGGGCCGAAACUACAACCUGGCUUUCUGAAACUGAAUCGUAAAUUCUCUUUUCCUCCAUUUGUCUGGAUCUGAGAGCCUGCAUUUGGUAUUAGCUAGUGGAAGCAGUAUGUAUGGCCAAAGUGCUUUGCUGCAGCUGGUAGCAUGAGUGGUGGCCACCAGCUGCAGCUGGCUGCCCUCUGGCCCUGGCUGCUGAUGGCUACCCUGCAGGCAGGCUUUGGACGCACAGGACUGGUACUGGCAGCAGCGGUGGAGUCGGAAAGAUCAGCAGAGCAGAAAGCUAUCAUCAGAGUGAUCCCCUUAAAAAUGGACCCCACGGGAAAACUGAAUCUCACUUUGGAAGGUGUGUUUGCUGGUGUUGCUGAGAUAACUCCAGCAGAAGGAAAAUUAAUGCAGUCCCACCCUCUGUACCUGUGCAAUGCCAGCGAUGAUGACAAUCUGGAGCCUGGAUUCAUCAGCAUCGUCAAGCUGGAGAGUCCCCGACGGGCCCCCCGCCCCUGCCUGUCCCUGGCCAGCAAGGCGCGGAUGGCGGGCGAGCGAGGAGCCAGUGCUGUCCUCUUCGACAUCACUGAGGAUCGAGCUGCCGCUGAGCAGCUGCAGCAGCCCCUGGGGCUGACUUGGCCAGUGGUGUUGAUCUGGGGUAAUGACGCUGAGAAGCUGAUGGAGUUUGUGUACAAGAACCGAAAGGCGCACGUGAGGAUCGAGCUGAAGGAGCCCCCGGCCUGGCCGGAUUAUGACGUGUGGAUCCUCCUGACGGUGGUGGGCACCAUCUUCGUGGUCAUCCUGGCUUCGGUGCUGCGCAUCCGGUGCCGUCCCUGCCGCAGCCGGCCGGAUCCCCUGCAGCAGCGAACAGCCUGGGCCAUCAGCCAGCUGGCCACCAGGAGGUACCAGGCCAGCUGCAGGAGGGCCCAGGUGGAGUGGCCAGACUCAGGUAGCAGCUGCAGCUCAGCCCCCAUGUGUGCCAUCUGCCUGGAGGAGUUCUCAGAGGGGCAGGAGCUACGGGUCAUUUCCUGCCUCCAUGAGUUCCAUCGUACCUGCGUGGACCCCUGGCUACAUCAGCACCGGACUUGCCCCCUCUGCAUGUUCAACAUCGUAGAGGGAGAUUCAUUUCCUCAGUCCCUGGGACCCUCUCGAUCUUACCAAGAACCAGGCCGGAGACUGCACCUCAUUCGCCAGCAUCCUGGCCAUGCCCACUACCACCUUCCUGCUGCCUACCUGUUGGGCCCUUCCCGGAGUGCAGUGGCUCGGCCCCCACGACCUGGUCCCUACCUACCAUCCCAGGAGCCAGGCAUGGGCGCUCGGCACCACCGCCUCCCCAGAGCUGCACAUGCCCGGGCUCCAGGCGAGCAGCAGCGCCUAGCAAUGGCCCAGCACCCCUAUGCACAGGGCUGGGGGCCGAGUCACCUCCGAUGUACCUCCCAGCACCCCGUGGCUUGCCCAGGGCCCCUGCGCCGGGCCAGACCUCACGACAGCAGUGGAUCUGGAGAAAGCUAUUGCACAGAACGCAGUGGAUACCUGGCAGACGGGCCAGCCAGUGACUCCAGCUCAGGGCCCUGUCAUGGCUCUUCCAGUGACUCAGUGGUCAACUGCACAGACAUCAGCCUGCAAGGCAUCCAUGGCAGCAGUUCAACUUUCCGCAGCUCCCUGAGCAGUGACUUUGACCCCCUGGUGUACUGCAGCCCUGAAGGGGAUCCACAGGGGGAGGAGAUGCAGCCCAGCGUAACCUCUCGGCCCCGUUCCCUGGACUCAGUGGUGCCCAUGGGGGAAACCGAGGUUUCCAGCCAUGUCCACUACCACCGGCACCGGCACCACCACUACAAAAAGCGGUUCCAGUGGCAUGGCAGGAAGCCUUGCCCAGAAACUGGGGUCCUGCAGUCCAGGCCUGCUGUUCCUCGGACACAGCCCCAGCCAGAGCCACCUUCUCCUGAUCAACAAGUCAUCAGAUCCAGCCCAGCAGCCCCUUCAGGGCAGCUCCCCAACCCACCAUGGCCCAGGGCCCUCCCUGAGCCUGCCCCUGGCCCAGCUGAAGCCUCCAGCCCCUGCCCCAGUCCCAGUAGUCUCUUCAACUUACAGAAAUCCAGCCUCUCUGCCCGACACCCGCAGAGGAAACGGCGGGGGGGUCUCUCAGAGCCCACCCCAGCCUCUCGGCCCCAGGACUUGACUGUGCACCCAGCUUGCCAGAUGUUUCCCCAUUAUAGCCCCACCCUGGCCUAUUCCUGGUCCCCAGAGGCCCACCCAUUGAUCUUCGGACCUCCGGGCCUGGAUGGGAGGCUGCUACCAGAAACUCCAGGCCCCUGUUACUCAAAUUCACAGCCAGUGUGGCUGUGUCUGACUCCACGCCGGCCCCUGGGACCACACCCGCCUGGGGAAGGGCCUUCUGAAUGGAGUUCUGACAACCCAGCGGGCGGGCCAUGCCCUCACCCACACUGCCAGGUGCUGCCAGCCCAGCCUGGCUCAGAGGAGGAGCUCGAGGAGCUGUGUGAACAGGCUGUGUGAGAUGCUCAGGCCUAGCUCCAACCAAGAGUGUGCUCCAGAUGCCUUUGGGCCCUACCUGGUAGAGUCCUGCUCCUGGGAGAAGAAAGGACCUUGGCAAACACCUGUCUUUUUGCCACACUUUCUGGAAGCACUGGAAGAGGAGUGGUGACGGUGGGGGGCGGGAGGUGCUGUUUCCUGCUCCCAGCUCUAGACCUUGUCUGCAGAACACAUCUGCAGUGCAACAAGUCUGUGUCCAGCCAGGCAAGCAGCUACUGCCUGUGUGCACGUGUGGGCUGGAUCCCUUGAAGGCUGAGUUUUUUGAGGGCAGAAAGCUUGGUAUAGGGAACUAGGUAUUAAGAGGUGCUGCUCCUUCUCCCAGCCCUACUAGGUCUCCCUUGCCCCAGGCCUCAUGUUCAUACCAGCCAAUGGGUUCAGCGGAAUGCAUGAUCCCUUAUCACCUCCUUCUUCAGCUGAGCUCUGCACACCGGCUUUGCCCCCUCCACAGUAAAGCUGCUACAUCAGGGGCAGCCCCAGCUCUAUCAUUUUCCUUCUUUGCCAAAAGGACCAGGAGCGUAGGUGAGCCCUGACCCCUAAAUAAAGGGAUCUCUGAAGCUUUUUCAGGCAGUACCUGCCCUGAUGCAUAAUGGAGGAUGUUUCCCCCUUCUUGUCCUUAAAUGGUUCUGAAAUUGUCAGAGCCACUAUAUUAAGUCAGAGCGGAGCCUCUGGGAAGCCAAGGUGUGGAGUUCUAUCCCUGAGGGGGGGGUCCAGCCGCUGAUCUUCAAACUCCCUGGUGACUCCAGCAGCCCCAGUUUCUCUGGGGGUUGGGAGUGGGGAUAGUGAGUAAGAAGAAACUCCUCCUUGAAGGUCUCCUGUAUCAAAGUCCCAAAGGAGAGAAUUUCUGCUGGACUUCAUCAGGGAAGAGGGAGGAUGGAAUGAAGGUAGAAAAGGCAGAAUUACAGCUGAGUGAGGACAACAAAGAGUUCUUCUCUAGGAGAAGUUUUGUCUCAGAGCAGAGAUGGAAAACAAAGGAAAAACAAAGUGUGACCCUUGGGUCUGGAGGGUCCAGAAGCCCAGCUCCCCAGUGUAAGCCAAACAGGCCUGGGACCCACAGGAGGGUGUGUGCAUGCGACAGUGUAGUUGGAGCAGGAAGUCUGGGCCAAGCAGCUUAUAUACCAAGUGGGCAAGGGCUGAGGGGCCUUCAAAGGGUGACAUUCACCCCAGGGCAGCCUGACCAUUGCUGGCCCCUCAGGCAUUAUCCCAUUUGGAAUGUGAAUGUGGGGGCAAAGUGGACACAGCACCCCAUUUGGGAAUCUUCUUCCCUCCGGCGGUGGGGAGAAUAGCACCUGAGCACCCACAUGGGUAUUUAUAUCUGAAGCAGACAGAAAGACGCUUGAAUCAGGCACUAUGUUGAAAAAUGUAUUUAUUUGCUAAUAUAUUUAUCCAUAAAUGCA